GUUCAAGGUCGUUGAAACGAAACGGCGGACAGAUUUGAAAGGGAUUACCGUUUUUACCUUGCCCUCAUCCUGGGUUUCGUUUGUGGUUUGCAAGGCUCGGAGAGUUGUGCAUUGUUAAUUGAAGUUGCACUAACGUCUUCUCCCUUCAAGCUUCUCUCUCUCGGAUCUUUUGUGAAAAGAGAUCUUAACAAUUGUUAGUAGAGUGGACCACCAUUACCAAGGCUUACUCAUGUUUUCUUAUUUGCACGAUUACAACACAUUCAAGAGUUGUCAGCAAAUUAUUUGAUGACUGAGAGUUACAUGUUUUUAAAGUCAUAGCAGUCGGUUGACUUUUUAUCGAUUUACUUCUUAAUCGACAACUGGUCAAAUAUAAUACAUGCUUGACGACUCAGUUGCCGACGUCACUCUUGCUGAUUUCCAGAUAUUAGAAUCACCCUGCGUCGAUGUUCCGUUUGACCGUGGCCCUCAGUUUCAUUUAAAUCUUCAGUGUCGUACAUGUGAAUCAUUUAAAGAAACGUUUGUCUGCUGUGAUUGUGUUAGGAAGGAUUCCAUAUUCUCGAAGAAAUCUGGAAAACUUAGCUUUCCUCAAAAUUCUGAUCGGAUUGUGACAGUCCGUAAAUCGGUUAAUGACUUAAAUAGAAAGAUUAAAGUAUACGAACCCAUACUGUUCAAAUCUGUAUUUCACACUUUUGGUAAAGUUGAAGAGUUGAAUGCUCAGAUUUCUUCUUUGGAACAUACGAUCGAGUUUCUUACUAAAAUGAACGUAGAGAAACGCAAAAAGCUACAACGUGUUCGACAAGCUAUGACACGAUGCCAUACCGCGUCCCAGCAUCUUCUGAAGCAGCAAGCUAAUUUGGUACGGCAUUUUAUCACAGUUGCACAGAGAAAAAAGUUAUUGGUAGCUGAUCUUGAUAUAGUAAACAGGCAGAUCAAGCACGUACAUGAUACUUAUUUUGAGGAGUUACUUGGAGUUUAUUUCGUGACCGACCUGUCGACUGAUGGUUUAUCUCCGGAUAGGUUUGUUUGUUCACCUCUACAUAUCGAUAAAGAGAACAUUUUUGCAGGUCCCGAACCCACCCCAUCCAGUCAUACGGCUUUAACAUAUUGCUCAGUAGCAAUAAGGGUUUCAACUAUCUUGUUAGAUGUUUGGUUGCCAGUCUCCAUUCGUCGGAAUUUACAUUUGGUUGGUUCUUUUUUGUCUGCAUUACCUCAGAGGGAUGAUAUGGGUCGUGUGUAUUUCGCAGUCAUUCAUGCUGUUCACCUGUUAUGCCAAUGUCGAGGGAUUGAUAUAAAAAAUGGAUUAGAACAACUUGGGAUAAACGUAAUUCCUGGACGGCACACAUUUUACAAUCCAUUGUUUGGAUUAUAUUGCCUUGGACAUCUGGUCAGUCACAAUAAUAAGUCUACUAGGUACUUUGACGAAUGUUACAAUAUAAAACUAGAUGGGCUUUUUGGAAAGAUUCCAUCAUUAUCCUUAAUGAGUCAUCCUACAGUUUCAUUUAGUUCACCGUGUUUUGUAGAGAAAGGCGAAGAAGUGGAUGAGAUGUUUGGCUUAUCAAACGAUGAUAGUUUAACAUUAUGUGACAAACAAGUGAAUAGGUUUACUUUAUGUAGGGCAAGUAGUUCCGACUAUGUUCAAUCAUCCAAUAAACUCGAAGAACACGAUUCGUCUGUUGGUUUAGAAUGUUGGGAACUAGUUUCUGUGACCUCACCAGGAGAACCAGAAUCAUGUGAAACUACAGUGACCAAUACGGGAUUUAUGGAUUCAACGCAAUAUCCUGGUCCACUUUCGAAAGUUUGGCGUCUAGCGAAAGGGAUUAUUGGAACUUCAGAACUUAGUGAUUGUGACGAAUAACGUGAAAAAACAGAUCGUGACCAAACUUUGUUCAUUGUUUUUCAAACCACAGUCUUUCAUGAAGCAAACUUGCAAAAUCUUUAGUCUUUCAACAUUUUAAUUUGUAAAAUAAAAUUUGAAAAAAAACAACAAAUUAUUCCCCAUUAUUGUAUAUAUGUCAAAAAGUUUUAUUUUGAAUUCUGU